UGUAAAGAGGAAAAGAUCGUAUCCUCGAUCGCGACUAAACGAAACUAAAUUCGGUACGAUAACCCGUCGUCGGGCCGUUGCCCUCCGACACCGAUGACGCCCUAGCAAGCGGAGGCUGUGAUUCAGUUAUUUUAUUUUCGUCUCGAGAAAGUCCAGUGUGGAGGAAAGGUGAAAUCGGCGCAGGGAAGCAGAAAGAGCCAUAAAAAUCUCGGGGCGUGAAAGAGGACGAGAAACAACCGGGCCAAGGUCGAGAAUCGCCAGCCGAAAUCGCGUAAUUUCCGGGGUGUUCCGUACCGACGCGCGCUGGGCUGUCGUGAAUUGAUGGUGAUUUCACGAGGAAUUUAUCGGCGCGGCCUUAAAUCACCGUUUAAAACAGUGGCCGCAUUCGAGGCGAGCAUCAAACUCUGCGAUGGCGCCUGAGGAUUCGUGUGAAAUCAUGGAAGGGAACUCGAGCCCUGCGAAUGGGACAGAGCUAACAGGGUGUCUUGGUUCCGUGGCGAUCGAUUAAUUACAAAAAAAAAAAAAAAAAAGAAAGAAACAAGUCCACCUGAAAUUACGAAUCGGCCUGGAUGCGUCAUGUCGUCCCACGAGGGGCACGUUUACGAGCGGAAUCUUACCUGAACGACGAGACGCAAGCAUCGCCGUGGGUAACACGCGGCACGUGGCUCGUUCGGUAGCUCGGUGGACAGUUACAAUGUCAACGCCCGCGACCGACCCGUUGCCCACCACCGUGUCCGGGGAAUUGACCACCGCGCUGAUACCGACGGUGACAAAGAUCGACACAAGGCUGGACGUCAACCCGAUCUCGGUGGUGCUGGCGGUGUCGAUAGUUUGCAUUUUGUCGCCGGUCACCCUUACCGGGAACUCGAUUAUCCUGGCCGCGUUCUACAAGUACAAGAGGCUCCGUACAGCGUCCAAUUACCUGCUAGUCUCUCUGGCCGUCAGCGAUUUUGGGGUCGGCGUGUUCAUGCCUUUCGGGAUGCAACUGGAACUCUACGGCCCACCAGAAAAUGGUGUGUCCACGUUGUGCAUCAUCCCUUACUGUAUCGUGAUCGCUCUGUGCAGCGUGAGCGUUCUGGUCACGGUGGCGAUCGCUGUCGAUCGGCUGACCUCCCUCGCCCAGCCAUUGAGGUAUAAGAACAUCAUCACGCACAGCAGCAUCGAGAAAUACAUCGCCGUGUUCUGGAUUUACGCGAUCGCCGUCGGCCUGUCCCCUUUAAUCUACGCGAAAGCUAUCGGCGAGACGGAGCCGCACAGCGGCAACUGCAGGUUCAGCGCGGCGGUGUUGCCCCCGGUUCGUGUGUUCCUGGUGGUCGCUGUGUGGGCGCCCAGCGCCCUCGUGCUGCUCGGCUGUUACAUGUACGUGUACCUGGUGGCGCGUGCACACGCGCGCGCGAUCUACACGGUGGAGCUGUCGUUCAGACACCAGACCCAGACCCUGGCGUUGCCGCGUUACGGUCAGACGUUGGCCGUCACCGUUGGAGCGUUCCUCGUUCUCUGGCUGCCCUUUCAAACCUGUAUGCUGCUGGACAUCUUCUGCGGCACGGACAUCCUCUCAGAAUGGGCGGUCGUGUGGCUAGGUCUACCUAUCAUGGCGCACAGCGGCGUGAACCCUUGGAUCUACGCGUUCCAUCACGGCGAGAUGAGAAUCGCCGCGGGCAAGAUCACCGAGGAACUGGUCGCUCUGUUCGGCGUGACGCCCAGUCGAUACGGUUGCUCUCCGAUUCGUCGUGGAUCGAAUACAAACUUAGAAUUGGCAGAAGUGAAUAACAGCAACGAGGGCAGACGUCAUCCCGUGGAGGAUUGUUUCGCAGCGAAACCAACCGCGACCCUCUUCGCGGGAAGGCGAGGUCAAGAUAUGUCUGGUAUGAACACGGACAUUUCACCAGAAAGGAACACAUCGUCCGCCAGCAGACAGGUGGACGUGGUCGAGGAGGACAUCCACGACCUGACAAAGAUGCUCGAUCUGAAGUAUAUCAUCGAUCGAAACCACAUGAUCGACUCGAACCACAAUAUCGACAAGCUCAAGAAUCUCAAGUACCUGCUUGACCCGACGUUCAACAAGAUCCGACACAUGAGACAGCUGAACCACAAACGGCUGACCAGCAAGAACUUCGCGAAACCGUCCGAGCCGAAGUUCACCUCCUACCAGAACCUGAAGAGCGACGGUACCCUGAACCGGAAAGCGUUGCAGAUGAACACCAUGUCGGAUCCUGUUCUGAGCGCUGACAGUCCAACGGUGCACACCAAGGACUUCAGGACAGCGACAGCCUGUCAAUCGUCCGACGUAAGUCUCAGGCUUCCAGUUAGUGGUCACGCGAUCGACACGCACAGAUACUCGGUACAGAAUCUGGAUCACAAUAGAUGCGACGGCGGGCUGGCCAAACACGUGAUGCUGUCCCGUCAGCUGGAGAACCAAAGACGAUUCCAUAUAUACCCACGACCACGAAUGAAGAUUGGUAAUCACUUCGAUCGUACCAGCCCGAACUUGAAUCUAAGACUUCAGAACAGUUACACGUCGCCGACGACCCCAGAAAAUGCCCGGCCAAGUCUGCUGGAGAGCCCCAGACAGAAGACGUCCCCCAAGCACAUGGUCAUCACCUCGAACAGACUGGCCAACCUGGCUCACCCGGAUCAUGCGACGUCGAGAUGUCUGGAUCCUAGAACAGAAACAACGUCCAGAAUACUACAGGCCAGGCGGAACAUGGAGAUACUGAAGCAUUCCGAAUCGAUCAACACCAUCGAGCCGAUGACUCACAUGAGAUUACUAGAGCCUUACAGAGUCAUGGAGACUCUGACUGUCCCGACGAUACAUUCAGAACCGCCGAGUCCUAUAGAUCCUCUUCCCCUAGCUCCUCUAGAGGAAGAGAGCACAAAGAUCACGGAGAAGCUAAGUCCACCUAUGAACAUAGUCCACGCGAAAUCUCCAGUGGCCAACAGGCGAAGUCCAGUCAGACACUCGGAUCCGGUGAUACCCUCUGUCCUACUGAACAUCGAAGACUACAGCGAGGAUCGUCUAUCCACGGACAAAUCUAGCAGGGACAUUUCCUUGAGCAACAUCCCAUCUGCGUGUCUGGCGACGUCGAUCGAGCCUAUAGACCUGUUCGAGGCUCUAAUGAAGAACUCCGAGAGGUUCAGAGAAGGUAGACUACCCGAUCCGAUCUUCGCCGAGCACGAUUCGACUAGAUUCAGCUCGAGAAGACCGUCCGACUCGAGAUGGUCCGAGUCCUCCAGAAGCCAGGAGGUCCUGUCGAACGUCGCCGAGCAUCAAGCCUUCCCCUCGUCGUACUCGGUGAACAACUUUCAAGUCUGCAACAGCGGCAGCGAUCUAAACGAUCUGACGUCCCUGGAUCCGUUCAUGUGCCCCGACGCGCUAACAUCAUCCCUGCGAGAGUCCUUCUUUAGCGCCCCGUCUGUGCCCGACUCGGAGAUCUUCACGUCGUUCGAGGAGAACGAUGAGUCGAUCCGAACACCAGACUCAGAACGUGACUCGUCCACCUACGAAUCCGCAUCCACGAUGAACCCCAGGAGGGUGGGGAGUGUUAUGGAUCAUCAGACCAGGUCCACGGAUUCGGUCUUUCAGGACAGGUGUCUCUCAACGAGGUCUUGCACGAUCCUGCGACUGGAACCGUCCCUGCACCGAAGUAGACUGCGUGUCAGGCCAGGCGCGGAUUAUAUCCUCAAGAACGCGUCGAGCAAGACCAGUCAACGGCUGGCUCCGCUCGCUAUACCGACGCCCACGGAAAUCUGCACGCCCACGUUCGAGUUUGUCUCGGAGAUCAAAGGAGACAACGGCGUCGGUGUAAGAGUAUAA